CCCGGAGGAAAAAAGGCGGGUUUUGCGAAUAUGUACUUCUCUCUAUGGAGUUAAAAUUGAUUGAUAAAAAUAAUAAGGUAUGUUUAUUGCUGUGUUAUAAAUCAUAUUAUAAAUAGUUUAGAAUGUAAUGUUGUUUCGUAACCAUAACAGUGGUCCUUUUAAAUUGUGUACAAAUUAGCGCAGUUCGAAAAGAGUUCCGAAAACAUUAUUAGUAAAAUAAAUAAAAUAUAUCGAUUUUAUACUUUUACCGCCCAUGUCAUUUAAAACAAUCACUUUGUUACAGGUUCAAUUUUGAGAUAUAUAUCACUGCUGUUUUGUGGCGCCUAGAAUUCGGUGCGAGCCAUUACACAUAUUUAGUACUUAUACAUACGUAGUGCAAAGAUGGCGUCGACGGUGUGUGUUUCGAGGUGCCGACUUUUAGCAAAAUUAGAAUUAAAUCGUGGUUUGUGUGUGUCGCCGAUAUUUAGGGAUUUUUCAAAUAACAGGGAGUCAUGGUGUCGGCGGUGGCGACCGGCUCGAAGGUCCUUUUUCACAAGCGUAUGCGCUCACGGAUCCAAAACACCUUCAAAAGUUGAUCACGAGAAAUCUGACGAUGUGACGGUGACGUACCGGCGCGGGCUGCCCGUGAUCACGGUCCCGCUGCCGUCGCGCCGCGAGCGAUGCCGCUUCACCCUGCGGCCCGUCUCGCAGACCGUCGGCGACCUUCUUGAACAGGUCAAAGCCGAAGACCGCGGCGUGGAGCGAGCCACGGCGCUGGCGGCGGACGAGCGCGUGCGCAUCGCGUCCAGCGACACCGUCGAGUCACUGCUCGAGAACGACUUUCGGCUCAUCAUCAACGACACCGAGUACUACGUCAAGAGCCCCUCGCAGGAGCGCCUGAGCACGGAGGAGAUAACGCGACUGAGCGACGUGCGGAAUCUGGUCAAUCAGCUGUACGAGACGCUCAAUGUACGCGAGCAUCAGAUUCGUAAGGAGAGGGAAAUCCGUUCGCAGCUCGAGAAGCUUACUGCGGAAAUACAGCCGCUUGAGGAGAAACGGCUAAGCUUAGAAGUGGAAACCAGCCGCCGCACCUCCGCGCUGACGUGGGUCGGCCUCGGGCUCAUGGGCGUGCAGUUCGGGGUGCUCGCGCGCCUGACGUGGUGGGAGUACUCCUGGGACAUCAUGGAGCCCGUCACGUACUUCGUCACUUACGGGACGGCUAUGGCCGCCUAUGCUUACUUCGUGCUUACGAAACAGGAAUACAUAUUGCCCGACGUGAAAGAUAGGCAGCACCUGCUGACGUUGCACAAAAAGGCGAAAAAGGUCGGAUUGGAUAUCAACCAGUACAAUCAUCUGAAAGAUGAGAUCGACAAACUACAGAAGGACCUAGCGCGGCUGCACGACCCGCUGCACAUCCACAUCACGCCGAAGCACGGCUCCGCGGCCUCCGAGAAGCGCUCGCCCCUCACCAAGAUCAAGGACAUGCUCGAGGAGACCGGCAAGAAGAUGAAGAUCACGUAAUAUUUGCUGACCGCCACGCGUCGCUAGACCACGCGUACGUAAUACUUUCAUUGUAGGAAUAAAGCCAAGAUUCAUUCAUUGUGUAAGAUGUGUAAAGUCUAAGACAAACCGGUUUGAAUUUGACAGCUAAUAUAGAUAGCGCUGUGCGGCUUCCUACAUUAUGCGGUAACUGGCAUUGCGCCGUAUAGCGCUGUCUAGUUAGGCUAUCAAACUCGGGACACGAUUUUUUUCUUACACCUCUUCUACAGUCAAUAAUUCUUGGCAACAAAGUAUAACGAUAAAGUACACGGAUUAGAUUUUUGCUUUUUGAUAACUCGAAACGAUCGACACUCACCAUUAUUUUAUUUGCAAAGGUUUUAAUGCCUUUACUGGCUAUCGUCAAUGCGAUCUUUACUAAUUGAAGUCUUUGUGUGAAGUUAACAUGUUCACACUGUGAAUACAUUGGACUCUAGAACAAUGUAACGACUCUACAGGAACGUAAUGCCGGAACGGCCGCAACCGUCAAACUAUGUGGUGGUUGAUACCUACAUUAAUCGGCUGGCGCCUGUUACCUAAUGUAUAGAAAAAAUCUAGGUAAAUUUUAUGUUGGAUUAGUUUCACAUGCUCAGAAAUUGUUUCCUAUUAUAAAUUUAGUUACAUUAUUUAAUAAUUAACUUACUUUAGAACAUCAGAAUCCAUACUCCUUUAUUAUUAUCAAAUAUUAGUGAAAAAUCUGCAAUUGAAUCUUUAUCUUAAUAUUGUAUCACGUUUCCCCUUUAAAUCAGUGCCAAUAGUUAUAAAUUCUUGUGUCCUUGAGUCAACUCAAUAAUACUAACGUAGCUAGUGAAGUUAUCAAAUUCUAGUCCUUAUUAAAUAAUAAUCUGAGUACACAUGUUUAUUGGUACUUAAAAUGUAGGACCCUUGCCAUACUGAACAAUUUACGACUAAUUCACAUGACUUGCGAAAGCUAUCAACCCUUUAUUGUCGAUAUGUUGCGUCAUGUGAGAAACGAAAUCUAUCAACAAAGAAAAGGUACCACCUUGAUGUUUAAAAAAUAUAUUGUUAACGUAAUAAGAAUCGAUGCUUGUAAAAUUCGCGCAAAUUUAGUUUGUAAAUGUUAUGCUUGAUUUUAUAAAAAAGGAGCUUUUUAGUGUAAUUUAUUAAAAUAUUGAAUAAUUAAAUUAUGAAUAUAAAAUUAGUUCAUAUAAAAUGUGUAAUUAAAAGUUUUAUAAAGACUA